CUUAUCCGCCCGUUUUCAUUUCCGCCACUCUCCCUCUCUAGAAAAUCCGAAAAGAGCUCCCGGUUCCCCAAUCUCAAGCCGAGCGCCCAUUUGUACAACCAUCCAUUUCAUAGCAACUAAAUCCAAGCUCUGCAUCCGUGUCUCUCUAACCCAUCCAUGAUGGAGCGAGCUGAAAAACUGCGUUUUUGUCCGUAUGAGGUUCCCCGAACAUGCAAAUCGGAGGAAAACAACAAGAUAAACCCUCCCGAUUUGCCAGCUCCGAGAGCGCAGAGGUCAUCAAGCUUCCCCCAAACUUGCAAUCACAGAUCCGGCCUACACCUCAGGAAAAAAAAAAUUCAUAUUUGUGGUCUGCAUGAGACAAAGGAAAGGAUGUCCUCUCGGAGAUACAAAGGAAAGGAUGUCCUCUCGGAGAUCACAGAUCUGAGCAAACAUAAGGACACACGGAUCCAUUGUACAGCCGAGAGAUAGGAAAUAUUGAAUGUUCGUAAUCUUGUAGUCGGCAGUAUCAAUAUUUUUCGCCCUGAUUUUAUCAGAAAACGGUAAGUACAAAUAUUCUAGUGCAUCACUUGCACCCGAUCCAUCAUUGUAAAUAGUAGUAUAAUGCAACUCCCUAGCACCGCGUCUAAUCCCAACUAUUGGACAUUUACAACUAGUCUUUUUUGCAUUCUUUUUCAUGGUUGAAAUCAGUGACAUAAUAAAAAAUAUGGCUGCUUAGAACUCCAUCUUCUAUAUACCAUAAAUAUGUUGAAAAUGCAAACUUGUCAUGAUUUUGGUUUACAAAGUCAGUUCCACUAUCAGCAAGUGCUUCCAUUGAUGCAUUAUUUGUUUCCUUAGACUUUAAAUUCUUAAUUAAAUUUUCUGUUGCUCCAAAGUCACCGCACACCAAACCAACCAUAGGUGGUUUUUUCGAGAAUUGUUUGAAUUUUAAGGUCAUCGCCUAUUACUGAAGAAAAAAAAAUACAAAAUGCAUAUCUACAGACAUUGAAAAUAAAAAAGAAUAGUGGAUUAAUCGAAAAUAAUCCACUAUUGUUUUUAAUUUUUUGUGUCUUUAAAUGUGUAUUUUGUAUAUUUUUUCUUCUUCUGUAAUAUGCGAUAAUCUUAAAAUUUAAAUUAUUCUUGAAAACCAACUAUUGUUGGUUUGGUGUGCGAUGACUUUGGAGGAACGGAGAAUUUAGUUGAGAAUUUAAAGUUUAAGGCAACAAAUAAUGCAUCAAUGGAAGCACUUGCUGACAGUGGAACUGUCUUUGUAAACCAAGAUGCAGGGAUGCAUUUUCAACAUAUAUAUGCUACAUAGAAGAUGGAUUUCCAAGCGGCUACAUUCUUUAUUAUGUUCUUGUUUUGAACCAUGCCAAAUAACGUAAAGAAGAUUAUAGUUGUAAGUGUUCAAUAGUUGGGAUUAGAUACGGUUCUCGGGAGUUGCAUUAUGCUGCUGUUUACAAUGAUGGAUCAGGUGGAAGUGAUGCACACGAUCAUUUGUAUUUACUGUUUUCUGAUGGAAUGAGGGAGAAAAAUGUUAAAUACUGCCAACGAUAAGGAACAUUAAAAGAAAAUCGAAGAUGAAUUCAGAAGGAUCACCCGCUUUUCUAUGUUGUUGUGGACCCACGUAUUUCUUGGAAUAAUUAAGCUAGGUAGCCCUGUUGUCGUCGUGGAUGUGUGUAUUUUGGUUGUUGGGUGUUUGAUUUGGUUGUCCUUUGCAUGCACUCGCCUAGGAAUAUCACAUCUGUGUAGUGCCUAUUAAUUUGGAUCAAUGAUUUGAUUGGCUUGUACUAGUGUUGGUCCUUGGAUUUCUCAAAUUUGGACAGAUCUUUGUGCUCAUUUGGUUGA